AUGCGCCAAGUCGGGUCUGCUCUUUGGCCGAGGCUCAGAACUGUACAGGUAUAUGGAGCCAAUACUGGUGUAGGAAAGACGGUCGUCAGCACAUUGCUCUGCAAAGCCCUGCGGAAGAGACUGCCAGACUAUAACGUACAUUACUUGAAGCCUAUCUCUACGGGGCCGCUGGAAGACCAAGACAACCGCCAUAUAACACGAUACUCGAAGGAUAUCACGUCAAAGACACUGCUCCAAUUCGACGACCCCGUCAGCCCGCAUAUCGCGGCUAGGAUCUCAAAGGAGCCAAUUGAUGAUCAAAGCAUCCUAACUCGUGUCCACGAUGAAUUGCUGAGCUACGCUACCGGAAAGGAUGCUGUAGCAGUUGUAGAGACUGCUGGUGGUGUGCUUUCCCCUGCACCUUCUGGAAAUGUGCAAGCGGAUCUCUACAGACCAUUGAGAUUACCAACUCUCCUCGUAGGUGAUCAUCGUUUAGGCGGUAUUGGCUCGACCAUCUCAUCUUGGGAGUCACUUCACGUUCGUGGAUACGAUGUCAACUCUGUAUUGCUAUUUGAGGAAUCAAGAUAUGACAACCACACGUAUCUGAGAGAAUACUUCAAAGAGAGGGGUAUCUUGACGCUUUCGUUGCCCCCACCUCCUGAAGCCAAAUCCUCACAGGCAGAAGACGAACAAUCAAUGAAGCAAUACUACGACUCCGCAAGCCACUCGUCCAGCUUGGAGCAAUGCAUCGACAAUAUCAUCAGAACUCACGAUCAAAGAUUGUCUAGUCUGCAAUCACUGCCAAAGAGGGCGGACAGCAGUAUCUGGCAUCCAUUCAUGCAGCACACCGAACGUUCAGAGCAAAACAUUUUAGCCAUCGAUUCUGCUUACGGCGAUUACUUCCAAACACACAACUCUACAGGCUCUGGCUCGAAAGAGGGCAACCAACUCAAGCCUGCAUUCGAUGGCUCGGCAUCCUGGUGGACACAAGGUUUGGGCCACGGUAACCCCGCUCUGGCUCUCACUGCUGCUCACGCCGCUGGUCGUUAUGGCCAUGUCAUGUUUGCCGGAGCUGCACAUGAGCCUGCUGUAUCGCUUUCCGAAACACUGCUCCAAAACAUUGGUAACCCUCGUCUUUCCAAAGUCUUCUUCUCCGAUAAUGGAAGUACUGGCAUGGAAGUUGCUGUCAAGAUGGCGCUCAAGGCAGCAAGCAAGCGCUAUGGCUGGUCACCAGACGACGAAGUCCUCAUCCUCGGCCUCAAGGGCAGUUACCACGGUGACACCAUCGGCACAAUGGACCUGUCAGAACCCUCAACCUACAACAAGAAAGUUGAGUGGUACUCAGGCCGUGGCCACUGGUUCGAUUUCCCACUCGUCAAGAUGCAGCAAGGCAAAUGGAUUGUCGAACCUCCAGCAGGCAUGGAAGAAGAAUUUGGCCCCACCCGCGCUUUCUCAAGCUUGGACGAGGUGUUUGCUCUUUCUGGCAGAAAGGCUGAUGCCGAUCGCUACGAAGCUUACAUCCAGACAUCCCUUGAAGCUUUGACUGCGGAAGGUAAGAAGUUCGGUGCUCUUAUCAUGGAGCCAGUCAUUCUCGGUGCUGGCGGUAUGCUGUUCAGCGAUCCUCUGUUCCAACACAUUUUGGUCAAGGUCACACGCGAGCAAUGUCCAGAACUUUACGGGAACGCUGAAGCCACGCCAGACUCGGAGCUCGGAUGGAAGGGUGUCCCUGUCGUCUUCGACGAAGUCUUCACUGGCCUCUACCGUCUCGGUCGCUUCAGCAGUUCCUCCUUCGUCGACGUCCAGCCCGAUAUCUCUGUCCACGCUAAACUGCUCACCGGUGGCCUUCUCCCCCUCUGCACCACUCUCGCCAGCGAAAGCAUCUUCGAGGCUUUCUUGAGUCCUGAGAAAUCUGACGCUUUGCUCCAUGGUCACAGUUACACUGCCCACGCAGUUGGCUGCGAUAUCGCAAAAUAUUCUCUCAAGACCAUGCAAGAGAUGGACGAAGGCUCCACCUGGACCAGUUUCAAAUCCGCCUGGAAGCAGGAAGAGGGUGAUGGCAAGCAGAAUCUCUGGAGCAUGUGGUCGCAAGACUUUGUGCGUGAGCUUUCGCUCAGACCUAAUGUCGAGAGUGUGUUUGCUCUUGGCUCUGUUUUGGCAAUCUCGCUCAAGGAUCCGGCUGGGUCGGGGUAUACUUCUACUGCGGCGACUGGGUUGAGGGAUACGCUGCUGCAUGAUUCGUCCGAGGAGAAUGCUAUUCAUUCGCGUGUGUUGGGCAAUGUGCUGUAUCUUAUGGCCAGCAUGACCACGACACCGGAGACUAUUGCGAGCAUUCAGAGAAAAGUGCAGGCAGCGAUUUGA